AUGAAUCAGUUCAUGCAGAUGACUAUGACCAAUCAGAAGAACAUAGAAGCUUCUAUUAAAAAUUUGGAGAUCCAAAUGGGCCAAAUGGCUAAGCAGAUGGCAGAGAAUCAGAAAGGAAAAUUCACUGCAAAUACUGAGCCUAAUCCAAAUCAGAAGUGUAACGCGAUUUUCACAAGGAGCGGAAAGGAGGUUGGUAGAGAUGUUGGUGAAGUAGUGAGUGAAAAAGAGGAUAAUAGUGAAGAAAAAGAGAAAAUGAGUGAUAAUGAGGAGACUGAGAGGGAGGUGUUGAAAAAUAAGAGUGAUAGUGUAAAUAGACAAGAAAAGAGUGAUGAAAAGAAAACCAAAGAAAAAUGUGAGGAAAAGGUAGGUGAUAGUGGAGAGAAAAGAAAGGUGGGAGGAAAAGAAAAUGUGUUGAAAGACAAAGAGAAAGUUAUCCAAAAACCCCCACUUGAGAAGAGACUUUCCUAUCCACAUGCUCCUACCAAGGCAGACAAGGAAAGGGCUUUGGAACAAAUGCCAACAUAUGCAAAAUUCAUGAAAGAGUUGCUGACAAAGAAGAGAAAGUUCCAGGAUGAAGAAGUGGUUCAUUUAGGAGCUCAUUGGAGUUCCUUUAUUCAACAUUUCAUACCUGAGAAGAUGGAUGAUCCUGGAAAUGUAACAAUUCCAGUGACUAUUGGUACUUUAGCAGUGGGAAAAGCUCUGAUUGAUUUGGGAGCCAGUAUAAGCCUUAUGCCACUUUCCAUAAUGAAGAGAGCAAGUGGUAUGGAGCUUAGACCAACCAGGAUGUCUUUACAGCUUGCAGACAGAUCAAUCAAAUAUCCAGUUGGCAUAGCAGAGGAUGUACUGGUAAGAGUUGAUAAAUUUUUAAUUCCCGCUGACUUUUCUAUUAUUGAUAUUCCAGAGGAUGAAUAA